AGGAAGGAAGCCUUUAUUAUAAGAGGGGGGGGGAGGGGAGGGCCUCACAACUUGAACCCCCCACUUAUGAUUUUGCCUGACCAAAAAUGCAAAAGGGGAUGAGAGAAAAUCUAAGAAGAUUUGGAAGGGUAGGAAGAGUGGUGUUGGGUGCAUAUAUACAUAUAUAAUAGAAAAGUUGAGAACCCAGAUGCAGGAAAGGGAGCCCCCAUCAUUCCAUCUCCCUUUAAAAGUCCAAAACCCCACAAAUUUCAAUGGGAUAGAGGGCAAGGAAAGGAGCCAAAGUCAGUUGCUCGAGGAAGAAAAUUAGGGAAGAAGAAGCCAAACAUACACUCAUUUCCAAAUACAUGAAGUAGAACCAACCAAGCAUUUGGAUCAUCUCACAUAAAUAUAUGUGUGCGCGAGCGUGUAUAAAGGGGGUGUAGGAGAAAGGAAACAUGGAGGAAAAAGAGGAAGAAAUUGCAAGGGGACUCAUGAAAAUUCCAUGAACGUUUUUGGUUUGCCUGGUUUUGCUCUCUCUCUCUCUCUCCUCGCUUCUCUUUUUGUGGGUUUUUCUUUCUUUCUUUCUUGCUCGCUUGCUUUCGUUUUCUUUUCUCUCUGUCUUCCUUUCUGCCCAUUAAACUAUGAAAAUGGCAGAUUACCAAUCAUCCUUUCCCCUCUAUAGGAAACAUCCAUCAUUGCCCCCAACAAUCCCUUUCAAGUUUAGAAACCUGAGCUUCUAACAUAUUAUUAUUCCCCUUCUCCUUCUUCUCGUUCCCAAUUUAAAAUCUUCUCCGUUUAUAUAUAGCCUCCUCGUUCCAUUCCUCUGUCUCUCUGUUUCUUUUUUUGUUUCUUUCUGAUGAUGAUGGAUCCUUCCUCCGCCAACUCCGUCAAUGGCUUCUACUCCUUCCUGACCAGAGGAAUCGACGAUCUCGAAAGGGUUUUCCUCUCCAACAAUUUCAUGUCAAUUCAAUUCCUCCAGAGAGUCCUCUCUCUCCUCCGAUCGUUCCACACCCAGUCCACUCUUCUCGUGCAGAAGCUUCACUUGCCCGUCGGCGAGAAAUGGCUCGACGAAUACAUGGACGAAAGCACCAAGCUCUGGGAAGCCUGCCAUGUCCUCAAGUCCGGCGUCUCCGGGAUGGAGAAUUACUACUCCGCCGGCUUCAACAUGACUUCCUUGCUUGACUCUCAUACCCAACUCACCACACAACUCUCUCGUCAGGUGAUUCGGGCGAUAACCGGCUGCCGGAGAGAGGCGGUGGGACUGGAGGAAGAAAACAGGGUGUUGAUGGAGACGAGGAUAGAGCCGCUUUCCCUGAGAUUCGACGAGAAGGUGUCGAUCGAGUCAAAGCUCAACGGCUUCAAUGGCUUCCGGGGAGUUCUCUACGCCAUGAGAAACGUGAGCUCGGUGCUGCUCAUGAUCUUGCUCUACGGACUGGUCUACUGUUGGCCGGAGCGGAAUUUUCUCCAGGGAGGAUACGAGGGGCGGUUGAUUUUCGGGUCGGGGUUCAUGAUCUCGGCGGCGAGGCUGCAGCGGCGGGUGGCGGCGGAGAUCGGCCAGAUGGGCGGCGGAGACCGGCCGGGGAUUCUGCUCUACGAGCUGAGGCGAUCGAGGGCGGCAAUGGAGGAGCUGAGGGCGGAAUUAGAGCGACGGAACUCGGCGGGAGCGGCGGCGGAAGAGGGGAUUAGGGAGAGGGCGGAGAAUUUGAAGGGAAGCUUUGGGGCGUUGAGAUCUGGGGCUGAGAACAUCGUUCUGCAGCUGGAUGAUUUCUUCGAUGAAAUUGUUGAAGGCAGGAAGAAGCUUCUAGACUUUUGCAGUCACAGGUAAAAAAAAAGAAAAAAAAAAAAAAGAAAA